GACCUAGCGUGUGCUUAGCUCUGGACAAGACGUGGAUGGAGGCAGACGUGCUUCCUGCCUGCUGCGCUUGGUGCACUAAUGCUAAGGACAGACAUGAAGGGCUUGGGAAAGGCGUGAAGAUGCAUGGAGCCCAGGGGAGAGGAUAAGAAAUCAAGCAUUUUGUGCUGGGUUGAAUUGCGUUGUCGUUUUUAGAGGCAUUUCGUGAUCCACGGUUGCGCUCCCGCGAAGAGCGAGUCUGGAGAAGGAUUCGGAAGCGGCGGCGGCGAGCGCGGCUCAGGUUGAUUUAGAAUACGGGUGACAGUGGCCUGGCGCGAGCCCACUGCUGACGACAGCGGCUUAGCCCGCGCGGUUUCCAUGGAGACGAGCCGGAGCCGCGGCGGCGGCGGGGCUGUCAGCGAGCGCGGCGGAGCUGGCGCGUCCGCGGGGGUCUGCAGGAGGAAGGCGGAGGCCGGGGCCGGGACCCUCGCGGCAGACAUGGACUUGCAUUGUGACUGUGCCGCCGAAACGCCGGCCGCCGAGCCGCCGUCGGGGAAGAUCAAUAAAGCUGCCUUCAAAUUAUUCAAGAAAAGGAAAUCGGGUGGCACCAUGCCCAGCAUUUUUGGGGUCAAAAACAAAGGGGACGGGAAAAGCUCGGGUCCGACGGGGCUGGUGCGGAGCAGGACCCACGACGGCCUGGCCGAGGUGCUGGUGCUGGAGAGCGGCAGGAAGGAGGAGCCGCGCGGCGGGGGCGGCGGGGGGCGGCCGAAUCCGGGGCCCCCCAGAGCCGCAGGGCCCGGCGGGGGCUCCCUCGCCAGCAGCUCGGUGGCCAAGUCGCACAGCUUCUUCUCGCUGCUGAAGAAGAACGGGCGCUCGGAGAACGGCAAGGGAGAGCCGGCGGACGCGAGCAGGGCCGGCGGCAAACAAAAGCGGGGGCUGCGGGGGCUGUUCAGCGGCAUGCGCUGGCACCGGAAAGACAAGCGGGCCAAGGCGGAGGCCGCGGAGGGGCGCGCGCCCGGGGGCGGCCUGAUCCUGCCCGGCUCGCUCACCGCCAGCCUGGAGUGCGUCAAGGAGGAGACGCCCCGAGCCGCGCGCGAGCCGGAGGAGCCCAGCCCGGACGCCCCGCGAGACCCAGCAGGCUGUGGAGAUAUUAUUGCAGACCCAGAGGAAGAGGCAGGUCCCAGCUGUGACAAGCAUGCCGCCGGGCCAGGCAAGCCGGCUCUCUCCAAAAAGCACCCCGGCGUGGUGGCCUACCAGGGAGGCGGGGAGGAGAUGGCCAGCCCGGACGCGGCGGACGACACCUAUCUGCAGGAGUUCUGGGACAUGCUGUCCCAGACCGAGGAGCAGGGCCCCGGGCCCCAGGAGGGCGCGGCCAAGGUGGCAGCUGCGCUGGAAGCCAAGGUGGCGCCCGAAACCCCCAAAGACACCAGGUGUGUGGAAGCGGCCAAGGACGCGUCCUCGGUCAAGCGCAGGAGGCUCAACCGGAUUCCCAUCGAGCCCCAUCCGAAGGAGGAGCCCAAGCACCCGGAGAAGGAGCAGCAGGAAGGCGUCCCCAACAGCGACGAGGGCUACUGGGACUCCACCACGCCGGGCCCGGAGGAAGACAGCUCGAGCAGCGGGAAGAAGGCGGGCCUCCCCCGGGAUAGCUACAGCGGGGACGCGCUCUACGAUCUCUAUGCCGACCCGGACGGAAGUCCAGCCACCCUUCCUGGAGGGAAGGACAACGAGGAGACGUCCUGCCUGUCCCGGUUAAAGCCCGUAUCUCCAGGCACCAUCACUUGUCCACUGCGCACACCAGGCAGCUUGUUGAAGGACUCUAAGAUCCCUAUUAGCAUCAAGCACCUGACCAACCUUCCAUCUAGCCAUCCCGUGGUGCACCAGCAACCCUCCAGGAGUGAGAUGCCCAGAACAAAAAUCCCGGUUUCCAAAGUGCUGGUCCGCAGAGUCAGCAACCGGGGCUUGGCUGGGACCACCAUCAGGGCAACGGCCUGCCACGACAGUGCCAAAAAGUUGUGAGGUCUUCCAGGCCAAAGUGGAUGGGCCACAUGUCAAGGAAUACAACUUUUCCCUGGAAACCACUGAAGUUAGUUUUGCUUUUCCUAAAGAAAGUCUUUGAGGACACCACCCGUCCCCGCCUGCUCCAGCGCCUGGACCGAGGAGGUCUUUGUGCCCUGAGCAGGGACAGGAUAACCCCAGAAAGAGGGAUGCUACACUUGGGAUUCUCCUCUCCAGAUAAGUCCCUGAGAAUUAUUUUCAAGCACUUUUUUCUUUUUUACCUUUAAGUUUUUCUUCUUUUUUCUUUACUGUAGUGAACACUUGGAAGUCACCUUUACUUGCCUUUGCAGAAAACAGGACUUAGCCAAACCUAAAUAAGAGUCAUGCCUGGAUAUUGGGAUGAGACAGUGUCCAGAGGCCUGAAGGAACCACUGAAGAACCAGAGGAGAUCUCCUCUUCCAAGACAGAUUUCCUUCCUUCCCUUCUUUCUUCUUUCCUUUCCAG